CAUUUCCUUGUUAUUAAAAAAAAACCUCUAAAACCUAAUCCCGAAGUAAACUCGUCAACCACUGCGCCCAUGACCUCUCAACGAUACUCUUUCCUUAAAUGCCUUGUCUUCUCCGGGAUCCAACCCAACCCUCACAUCUCCGUCCGAUAUGACGAAUCGCUCUUCCCUCUCCGCCAUUCUUCUCUUCCUCUUCUUCUCCGCUUCUUCUGCUGAACAUAAUGUUCGUACGGAGCGAAUUUCAGGAAGUGCUGGUGAUGUCUUGGAGGAUGAUCCAGUGGGUAGGCUAAAGGUUUAUGUAUACGAGCUCCCAAGCAAGUACAACAAGAAGCUACUCCAAAAGGACCCUCGAUGUCUCACACACAUGUUCGCUGCGGAGAUUUUCAUGCACAGGUUCCUCUUAUCUAGUCCUGUUCGAACUCGUAAUCCCGAGGAAGCUGAUUGGUUCUACACUCCGAUUUACCCCACUUGCGAUCUCACUCCUACCGGCUUGCCAUUGCCUUUUAAAUCGCCUCGCAUGAUGAGAAGCGCCAUACAAUUAAUCUCAUCAAACUGGCCUUAUUGGAAUCGAACUGAAGGUGCUGAUCACUUCUUUGUUGUGCCCCAUGACUUUGGAGCUUGCUUCCACUAUCAGGAGGAAAAAGCCAUUGAAAGAGGGAUUCUUCCGCUACUCCAGCGUGCCACUUUGGUUCAGACAUUUGGUCAGAGGAACCAUGUGUGUUUGGACGAUGGCUCCAUCACUAUUCCACCUUUUGCACCCCCACAGAAGAUGCAGGCCCAUCUUAUUCCUCCAGAUAUCCCACGCUCUAUCUUUGUCUACUUCCGCGGUUUGUUCUACGAUGUUAACAACGACCCAGAAGGAGGCUAUUAUGCAAGAGGCGCAAGAGCAGCAGUGUGGGAAAACUUCAAGAACAACCCUUUAUUCGACAUCUCAACAGAUCACCCAACAACAUACUACGAAGACAUGCAAAGAUCCAUCUUCUGUCUAUGUCCUCUAGGAUGGGCUCCAUGGAGCCCGAGGCUAGUUGAAGCGGUUGUGUUUGGGUGCAUCCCAGUCAUUAUAGCGGACGACAUAGUACUGCCUUUCGCAGACGCCAUCCCCUGGGAAGAAAUAGGAGUCUUUGUUGGUGAAAAAGACGUCCCUGAACUAGACACGAUCCUUACCUCAAUACCAACACAAGUGAUCCUCAGGAAACAGAGACUCCUCGCCAAUCCUUCGAUGAAACGAGCCAUGCUCUUCCCUCAACCAGCGCAACCAGGGGACGCAUUCCAUCAGAUACUUAACGGGUUAGCUCGGAAGUUACCACACGACAGAAGCAUAUACUUGAAAGCAGGCGAGAAGGUACUGAACUGGACUGCUGGUCCAGUUGGUGAUCUUAAACCUUGGUAAAUCCAGAAAGCGUUAUGUCUUAUUUUUGAGAUAAGAGCAUAUAUGUUGUUUCUUUUUUAGUACUCCUUCUCCGGUGGAUGGGUUUUUGUAGAUAGCAUUACAGUCGAAAUACAUGGGCCACUUACACCUUCUCGA